CCCUAGUUCCUUCUCCUCGCCGCUCCUCAGCUCUCUGCCCACACAGAACGAGAGAGUAGCAGAGAUGACGACGAGAUUGAGGAAGAACAGGAAGAAGAGGGGUCACGUGAGUGCAGGGCACGGCCGUAUCGGAAAGCACAGGAAGCAUCCUGGAGGGCGCGGUAACGCCGGAGGCAUGCACCACCACCGCAUCCUCUUCGACAAGUACCAUCCAGGGUACUUCGGAAAGGUUGGAAUGCGUUAUUUUCACAAGCUACGCAACAGGUUCUAUUGCCCCAGCAUCAAUAUAGACAAGCUCUGGUCCUUGGUUCCCCAGGAGCUGAAGGAGAAGAUCAAGUCCUCUAAGGACGGCAAUGUUCCCGUGAUUGAUGUAACCCAGUUUGGCUACUUCAAGCUCUUGGGUAAGGGAGUCCUGCCCGAGAAUCAGCCCAUGGUUGUUAAGGCCAAGCUCGUAUCUAAAAUUGCCGAGAAGAAGAUUAAGGAGAACGGCGGAGCGGUUGUUCUUACUGCCUAGGUUGUUUUCAUGACUUGCGUUGCUGUUUUUUUUAUGAAUAUUGAGUUAUUGUUUGUUAUUGAUGGAUUUGGAUCUCUAAGAUCUACAAGUUUUAUAUUUGUUAAUCAGAGAUUAUGAUCAUUUGCAACUAUUUGUGGAGUUAUUGGCUUUUAAUUAGGU